GUGAAAUUUUAGAUGGCGGUAAAACCUGUGAUAUUCAUCUUAAACUCUCUGAUUUCCACUUGUUUUUUACAAAGUGAAAUACCAACACCAAUCACAAACCGUGGAGUUUAUGAUCCAGCAACAUCUUGCGAUCCUAUAAAGUGUCUUUUACCGAAAUGCAGAUGCGCUGGAACCGGCAUUCCUAGUGGGUUAAUAAAAGAUAACACUCCACAGAUUAUUAUGUUUACAAUGGAUGACGGUAUCACUAGAAAUAACUUCCAGUUGUAUCAAGAUUUGCUUAAUGGGUUAAAAAAUUUCAACGGGUGUCCUGUUAAAGCAACUUUCUUUUUAUCGGGAGACAACACUGAUUACAGCUUGGUAAAGAUUCUGCAAAGUCAAGGUCAUGAAAUUGGUGAUCAUUCUGUGACUCACAGAGAUCCUGUUGAAUGGUGGAAUCAAAAUUCCUACGAUGAUCUUGAAAUUGAAGUUAUCAAUCAAAGAAAAACCAUUGAAGAAAUGGUUGGUGUAACAACGCGUGGAUGGAGAACUCCAUUUCUUGCAAGUACAGAAAACUUAUUUAGUGUAUUAGCUGAUAACAACUUUUUGUAUGAUAGUACUUUGGGUACAUAUCCCAGAACAAGAUGGUGGCCGUAUACGUUGGAUUAUUUACCUCCUAUAAACUGCUACAUGCUAAACUGCCCUUUAAAUUCAUAUCCAGGUUUGUGGGAGGUUCCACUUGUUCCAUGGCAAUGUAAUGCCACAGAAGAAAUUUUUGGAACAAUGAUUGAUGAGUGCAAAGAUCCUGGAGAUGAGGAAAGCGUAUAUGAAAUGAUUAUGCGUAAUUUUAAAACACACUAUGACGAUAACAAGCAGCCGUUUCCAAUAUUUGGACAUUCCACGUGGUUCAACAACGCACCCUAUAAAAAAACUGCUCUAAUCAGAUUUAUGAAUGAAGUUGUAAAACUCAAUGAUGUGUUUUUUGUGUCUGUUCAAGAUGCAGUAAAAUGGACACAAUCGCCGAUCGGGCUUAAUGGAAACCCAUUUUCUUGUCUUUAACUGUUAACUAUAAAAGUUAUUCGAAAAUGUUACCUCACGCAUAUGUUCCCAUAAAAAUGUUACUAUGAAUAAGGCUGAUGUUUGUUAAUAAUAGAAUGAAAAUUUAUGUAUGAACUUAGUACAUUAUGCUUGACUACUUCCUUAUUUUUGAUGUAUUUAUGGAGAAGCCAAUAUAAGUUUAUAUAUAUAAAAAUAA